AUGACUCCUAGAUCUCGAACCCAGAUGCAGCAGCAGCAGCAACAGCAACUGCAGCAGCAGCAGCAGCAGCAGCAACUGCAGCAGCAGCAGCAACAGCCUUACGUGCAGAUGCAGAAGCAACCGCUGACGCUGCAGACCCAGCUGUCUGGGGUGAACGCGGCUGCACUGGAAGCUCUAACCCCUCGCGCCCGUGCCCAGUACUACCAGCAGCAGCAGCAGCAGAAACCGCUGCAGACGCAGCUUUCAGGUGUAGGCCUUGACCCGCUAACCCCGCGAUCCCGCCAGCAGCAGCAGCAGCAGCAGCAGCAGUCCCAGUACCAGCAGCAGCAGCAGCUACAGUCCCAACUGUCAGGGGCGGGGUUGGAGGCUAUGACUCCCAGGUCGAGGUCCCAGGCCCAGCAGCUUUUCCAGCAGCAGCAGAUGAUGCAACAGAUGAUGCAGCAGCAGCAGCUGCUAGAGUCGCAAGCAGGAGGGCAGGAGCAGGCACAGGCUCGCAUGCGUGCCCGCGCUCCUCCCCCGUUGCAGCAGCCGCAGCAGGGAAUGGGGCAAGGGCAGGAGUAUAGCAUUGUCUCACCCCGAGCCAUGCAGUCGUUUCAAGAUGGGGGCUAUGCCGGGCCGGCGGGCUUGCCGGAAAACUUUUCGGGCAGACCGGAUCCGAUGCAUAUGGACGGAGGGGGAGGGGGGUUGGGGGGAGGCGGAGGGGGAGGGGGAGGGGGAGGGGGAGGGGGAGGGGGAGGGAAGUCGUCGCAGGGUAUGGGGUUCCUGGGGAGGAAGAUUGCAUCCAAGAACAUGAGCGGGAGGAGUCAGCAGCCUGUUGGGGAUGGAGGAGGAGGAGGUGGGGGUGGGGGAGGGGGAGGGGGAGGAGGGCGGUUGGCAUCUUUGCAAAGAUACGGCAGCCAGUUACUGGGCAUAUCGCGGCACUCGAAUGCAUCUUCUUCUCGAUCCAAUGCUACAGGAGCUGCCCCCAUGGACAUGCAGAUGGACACAUCACCGCACAUGCCAGCACCUUCAUCCCGCAAGUCUGCAGCAGCACUAGCGCGGGCCGGGUCAGCAGCAGCAAGCAUGGCAGCAGCAGGGCCGCCCUCGCCGCACGACCCCAGUGCAGGUUAUUCCAGAAUGGGGACCUACCCAGCAACACACGCCCAGGAUGCAUAUGCGUAUGGCAAUGGGCCAGCAGACAUGGGUCCCGCUGGGGAUUACUAUGGUGGGGGAGGCGGCCAGAUGGAUAUGAUGGGGGGAGGUGGGAUGGACAUGAUGGGAGGAGGAGGCAUGGGGGGAGGAGGCAUGGGGGGAGGGGCUGGGGGAGGCGGCGUGGGGGGGCCAGGAGGGGGUAUGGCGCGAAACGGAAGAUACUCGGUGGAUAUGGGGGGUUAUUCGGUUCACUGA